AUGGCUGAGAAUUCCCAAUCUCAGCCAGAGCAAUCAGUGUCAGGACAGAACAAAGCUAGUCCCGACACACCACCAUGCCGAAAGCGACUCCAACACGAUGCCUAUACCAUCGGAUGGGUGUGCGCCCUUCCAAAAGAACAAACAGCAGCCAGAGCCAUGCUAGAUAAAGAGCACGAACCUCUCCCGACCCCUCGAAAUGAUCAUAACGCAUAUACUCUUGGCUCGAUACGCGGCCACAACGUCGUCAUAGCCUGCCUACCUAACAUGGGAACCAAUUCUGCCGCAACCGUCGCGACCUCAAUGAUCAACACGUUCCAAUCAAUCAGGUUCGGGCUUAUGGUAGGGAUUGGCGGCGGAAUUCCGUCAAAGGUCAGUCUGGGUGAUGUGGUGGUCAGUCAACCUGUUGCUGACUAUCACGGGGUGAUACAAUGGGAUAUAGGGAAGCUGGAACGGGAUGGGCGGUUUGUCCACACGGGCUCGCUGAACCGACCUCCGAACGCGCUACUCAAUGCCUCGAACCAGCUGAAAAGUAACCAUGAGAUGUACGGAUCAAAGAUAAAUGAGUACCUGGACGAUAUGGAAAGGAAAUUCCCGCGGCUAGCGCCAAAAUAUACGCGGUGCGAGGCCUUGCAAGACCCAUUAUUGGUAUCCGAGCGGUUCCGGACUCCGAGGGAAGUCUAUUUCCUGUCUUGGUUGUGGCAGGCGAUCAUCGCGAUUAUCGCAUAUCUUCUUGGUUCAUGGGCCAUUAAUCCGGUAAAUGAGGAGAAUGUGCGGGUAUCAGAGAAGGCAGAGGGUGCAAGGGCCCCAAGAGAUGUCAGGGUACACUAUGGCCUGAUCGCAUCCGGGAACAAAGUGAUUAAGGAUGCCCAAUCCCGAGACCUCCUUGACAAAAAAUACGGCGGGCGCUUACUAUGCGUGGAGAUGGAGGCAGCUGGGCUCAUGAAUGACUUCCCAUGUAUUGUUAUCCGAGGCAUUUGUGACUACGCGGACUCGGGAAAAGAGAAAACCUGGCAAGAAUAUGCGGCAGCCGUGGCCGCUGCGUACGCAAAGGAACUUUUGGGAUGUGUGCAGCCUAGUGUUGUUGAUACGGAGGAUACAGCAAAGGCUAUUUUGGAAAAGGUGCAACUGCAGAUCGAUAGCAUGCAGCAGACAACAGCUGCAACAAGAGCCACUGCAGAUUCUAUCAGAUCUGACCUUCAUACCAGUGAGAUCAAGCGCUGGCUUUGUCCCCCGGAUCCAUCUUCAAACGCCAGCCAUGCUAGGACGCUCCGCCAUGAGGGGACUGGCGCGUGGCUGCUCGAAUCGCCCGUCUUCCAAGAGUGGCACUCGGGGUCACGUCGACAGUUAUGGCUGCACGGGCUCGCGGGGUGUGGAAAGUCGGUUCUUAGUACCACUGUGCUUGAUCAUCUCGCAAACCAAAACGACGAUCUUAUCCUUAGCUUCUUCUUUGACUUUAACGACGUCGCAAAACAGACAUUGGAAGGCAUGCUGCGCUCGCUUGCUUUCCAGCUUUACCGCCGUGGGGUGGACUCCGCAAACCAUCUCGAUGCUUUGUUCCAGGCGCACCGAAAUGGCAGCGACCAACCUACGACAAAGGUGCUUUGGAGUGUUGUUUUCAAGAUGCUCGUAGCUCAGAGGAAGGUCUCUAUUGUUCUGGACGCAUUGGAUGAAUCGAAAACAAGGGACGCUGUGCUCGGGUGGAUUAAGGAUAUGGUGUCCAGGCCAGAGUUGGUCCAUGUUCAGCUGCUUCUUACCGGUCGACCUGAAUCCGAGUUUCUGCGCGACAUUCCCCCCUUAAUAGGAAAGCAAAACAGCCUGGCACUUGAUAAGCAAGCCAUCAACUCCGAUAUUCGAUCGUGGGUCAUAGCACAACUUUCUCAACGGCGUGAUUUUACAGAGAAGCCCUUGUCCCCGAACCUUCUGGAAGAGAUCCGGAAAAAGGUUGGCGACGGCGCCGACGGGAUGUUUAGGUGGGCGUUCUGUCAGCUAGACAGCCUGGCUCGAUGUCGUCACGAGGCAGCUAUGGAGGAGGCUCUUGAAUCUUUGCCGCUGGAUCUCAACGAGACAUACGAGCGUAUAUUUGAAAGUAUACCAUCGGAGUUAAAAACUGACGCGAUACGGCUUCUCCAAUUCCUAGUGCAUUCCAAGCGACCUCUAACGCUGGCUGAGGUUAAAGAAGUGAUAGCGACGCAGAUUGAAGACGAGUCACGAGGGUUUGACAUAAAGCGUCGAUUGUUUUGCGAGACUGAUAUCUUAGCUUACUGUCCCAGCUUAGUGACAGUCAUCUAUAACAAUGAUAAAGAGUUGCAUCUUGCCCAUUUUUCUGUGGAAGAGUACCUUCUCAGACAUGACCAAUUCCAGAUUACGACUGCCAGCAUUUCCAUCACGAGGACGUGCUUGAUAUAUCUGACAGACAUCAACGGUAGCGAAAGAGAGAUAACGCGGUAUUUUCCGAUGGCAAGAUAUGCGGCCGAACAUUGGACAUACCAUGCUACGUUAACACUGGCCUACGAGGAGAUUACCCAAAGAAUAGUGAGCUUUCUAGAAACGGAAGAGACAUUUCAAAGAUGGGCUCGUUUGCAUCAGGCUGAUAGGAGUUGGGACGAUAGCCCUGGAGCUGCGCGCGGCUCUAGGCUCUACUAUGCUUGUUUUAAUGGACUUGGAGUGCCUGCACGCGAUCUUAUUGAUAAGGGAGCAGAUGUCAACGCGCAGGGCGGCUACUAUGGCAACGCUCUCCAGGCUGCCUCACUAGGAGGCUAUCAAGAGAUUGUCAACCUGCUUUUGAACAAGGGAGCAGAUGUCAACGCGCAGGGCGGCGAGUAUGGCAACGCUCUCCAGGCUGCCUCACAGGGAGGCCAUCAAGAGAUUGUCAACCUGCUUUUGAACAAGGGAGCAGAUGUCAACGCGCAGGGCGGCGAGUAUGGCAACGCUCUCCAGGCUGCCUCACUAAGAGGCUAUCAAGAGAUUGUCAACCUGCUUUUGAACAAGGGAGCAGAUGUCAACGCGCAGGGCGGCGAGUAUGGCAACGCUCUCCAGGCUGCCUCAGAUGGUGGCUAUCAAGAGAUUGUCAACCUGCUUUUGAACAAGGGAGCAGAUGUUAACGCGCAGGGCGGCGAGUAUGGCAACGCUCUCCAGGCUGCCUCACUAAGAGGCUAUCAAGAGAUUGUCAACCUGCUUUUGAACAAGGGAGCAGAUCUCAACGCGCAGGGCGGCAGGUAUGGCAACGCUCUCCAGGCUGCCUCACUAGGAGGCCAUCAAGAGAUUGUCAACCUGCUUUUGAACAAGGGAGCAGAUGUCAACGCGCAGGGCGGCAGGUAUGGCAACGCUCUCCAGGCUGCCUCAGAUGGUGGCUAUCAAGAGAUUGUCAACCUGCUUUUGAAUAAGGGAGCAGAUGUUAACGCGCAGGGCGGCAGGUAUGGCAACGCUCUCCAGGCUGCCUCAGAUGGUGGCUAUCAAGAGAUUGUCAACCUGCUUUUGAACAAGGGAGCAGAUGUCAACGCGCAGGGCGGCGAGUAUGGCAACGCUCUCCAGGCUGCCUCACUAAGAGGCUAUCAAGAGAUUGUCAACCUGCUUUUGAACAAGGGAGCAGAUGUCAACGCGCAGGGCGGCAGGUAUGGCAACGCUCUCCAGGCUGCCUCACAGGGAGGCCAUCAAGAGAUUGUCAACCUACUUUUGAACAAGGGAGCAGAUGUCAACGCGCAGGGCGGCACCUAUGGCAACGCUCUCCAGGCUGCCUCACAGGGAGGCCAUCAAGAGAUUGUCAACCUGCUUUUGAACAAGGGAGCAGAUCUCAACGCGCAGGGCGGCGAGUAUGGCAACGCUCUCCAGGCUGCCUCAGAUGGUGGCUAUCAAGAGAUUGUCAACCUGCUUUUGAACAAGGGAGCAGAUGUCAACGCGCAGGGCGGCGAGUAUGGCAACGCUCUCCAGGCUGCCUCACUAGGAGGCUAUCAAGAGAUUGUCAACCUGCUUUUGAACAAGGGAGCAGAUGUCAACGCGCAGGGCGGCACCUAUGGCAACGCUCUCCAGGCUGCCUCAGAUGGUGGCUAUCAAGAGAUUGUCAACCUGCUUUUGAACAAGGGAGCAGAUGUCAACGCGCAGGGCGGCGAGUAUGGCAACGCUCUCCAGGCUGCCUCACUAGGAGGCUAUCAAGAGAUUGUCAACCUGCUUUUGAACAAGGGAGCAGAUGUCAACGCGCAGGGCGGCACCUAUGGCAACGCUCUCCAGGCUGCCUCAGAUGGUGGCUAUCAAGAGAUUGUCAACCUGCUUUUGAACAAGGGAGCAGAUGUCAACGCGCAGGGCGGCGAGUAUGGCAACGCUCUCCAGGCUGCCUCACUAGGAGGCUAUCAAGAGAUUGUCAACCUGCUUUUGAACAAGGGAGCAGAUGUCAACGCGCAGGGCGGCACCUAUGGCAACGCUCUCCAGGCUGCCUCAGAUGGUGGCUAUCAAGAGAUUGUCAACCUGCUUUUGAACAAGGGAGCAGAUGUCAACGCGCAGGGCGGCACCUAUGGCAACGCUCUCCAGGCUGCCUCACAGGGAGGCUAUCAAGAGAUUGUCAACCUGCUUUUGAACAAGGGACCAGAUGUCAACGCGCAGGGCGGCAGGUAUGGCAACGCUCUCCAGGCUGCCUCAGAUGGUGGCUAUCAAGAGAUUGUCAACCUGCUUUUGAACAAGGGAGCAGAUGUCAACGCGCAGGGCGGCGAGUAUGGCAACGCUCUCCAGGCUGCCUCACUAGGAGGCUAUCAAGAGAUUGUCAACCUGCUUUUGAACAAGGGAGCAGAUGUCAACGCGCAGGGCGGCAGGUAUGGCAACGCUCUCCAGGCUGCCUCACAGCGAGGCCAUCACGGCAUUGUCAAUAUGCUUCAAAGAAGAGGCGCUAUCACAUUGCCUUCACCGUAG